CCCCCCGCCCGCUCGCCCGCCCGCCCCGGCCGCGUCGGAGGGCCGGCAGCGGGGCUGGAUGUGCCCGGCUCCCCCCGCGCUGAGGUGGGCAGCGAUGCAGAAGGCAGGCGGCAGCUUCGCCUCCGCCGAGAGACACCCGCUCAAGAUGGCAGAUGUGUGUUGAGUUUGGGGGGCUGCGAUCUCGCGUCGUUCGUGGCGGCGUUGCCAUGAAUAACAGGCGUCCUUGCACCGAUGGCCCCCAUGUACGAAGGUAUGGCCUCGCAUGUGCAAGUUUUCUCUCCUCAUACCCUUCAGUCAAGUGCCUUCUGUAGCGUGAAGAAACUGAAAGUGGAGCCGAGUUCGAACUGGGAUAUGACUGGGUACGGCACACACAGCAAAGUCUACAACCAGGGCAAGAACGUGCAGUCCUCCCAAGCAGCCGCCGCAGCAGCCGUCAACGCCUCCCUGCAGAUCCCCAACCCCAGCAUCCCUUACGAGCAGACCAUCAUCUUCCCAGCAAGCACGGGGCACAUCGUGGUCACAUCUGCCAACAGCACUUCUGGUGUGGUUGCGGUGUCUGGGCAAACGCUGGGCGGGCCACACAACCUGAUGCGUCGCAGCACUGUGAGCCUUCUGGACACCUACCAAAAAUGUGGACUUAAGCGCAAGAGUGAGGAGAUUGAGAACACGAGCAGCGUGCAGAUUAUCGAGGAGCAUCCACCAAUGAUUCAGAACAAUGCCAGUGGGGCCACUGUAGCCACCGCCACCACCUCCACGGCCACUUCCAAAAACAGUGGCUCCAACAGUGAAGGGGAUUACCAGCUGGUGCAACAUGAGGUGCUCUGUUCCAUGACCAACACGUACGAAGUGUUAGAGUUUCUUGGCCGUGGAACCUUCGGACAAGUAGUCAAAUGCUGGAAACGUGGCACUAAUGAGAUUGUGGCUAUCAAGAUCCUAAAAAACCACCCUUCUUAUGCCCGGCAAGGCCAGAUUGAAGUGAGCAUCCUGGCUCGGCUGAGCACGGAAAGUGCGGAUGACUACAACUUUGUCCGUGCUUAUGAAUGCUUCCAGCACAAGAAUCACACAUGCUUGGUAUUUGAAAUGUUGGAGCAGAACCUCUAUGAUUUCUUAAAACAAAAUAAAUUCAGUCCCUUGCCCCUUAAAUACAUUCGACCAAUUCUCCAGCAGGUAGCAACUGCCCUAAUGAAGCUGAAAAGCCUGGGACUGAUUCAUGCUGAUCUCAAACCAGAGAACAUCAUGCUGGUAGACCCAUCCCGACAGCCAUAUAGGGUCAAGGUCAUAGACUUUGGUUCAGCUAGCCAUGUGUCUAAGGCUGUGUGUUCUACUUACCUUCAAUCCAGAUACUACAGAGCCCCUGAAAUUAUCCUCGGUUUACCCUUUUGUGAAGCAAUCGAUAUGUGGUCAUUGGGAUGUGUCAUUGCAGAGCUGUUCUUGGGCUGGCCCUUGUACCCAGGAGCUUCAGAGUACGAUCAGAUUCGCUACAUUUCACAGACGCAGGGCUUACCAGCAGAGUAUUUGUUAAGUGCAGGGACAAAGACGACGAGGUUUUUCAACAGGGAUACAGACUCACCAUAUCCCUUGUGGAGGCUGAAGACGCCAGAUGAUCAUGAGGCAGAGACGGGGAUUAAGUCAAAGGAAGCAAGGAAGUACAUUUUCAACUGUUUGGAUGAUAUGGCACAGGUAAACAUGACAACGGAUUUGGAAGGAAGCGAUAUGUUGGUGGAAAAGGCAGACCGGCGGGAGUUCAUAGAUCUGUUAAAGAAGAUGUUGACGAUAGACGCGGAUAAGAGGAUAACACCCAUUGAAACUCUGAGCCACCCUUUUGUCACCAUGACACACUUGCUCGACUUCCCUCACAGCACACAUGUCAAGUCCUGCUUCCAGAACAUGGAGAUUUGCAAGCGGCGGGUGAAUAUGUACGACACGGUGAACCAGAGCAAGACACCAUUCAUCACCCACGUAGCCCCAAGUACAUCGACCAACCUGACCAUGACUUUUAACAACCAGCUCAACACAGUCCACAACCAGACCACCAACCUGGCUCCCACCUCCUCCAGUGCCACUAUUUCCUUAGCCAACCCCGAGGUCUCCAUACUAAAUUACCAAUCUGCACUCUACCAGCCCUCAGCGGCGUCCAUGGCUGCGGUGGCCCAGCGGAGCAUGCCCCUGCAGACGGGAACAGCGCAGAUCUGUGCCCGGCCAGACCCCUUACAGCAAGCCCUCAUCGUCUGCCCACCAGGCUUCCAAGGGUUACAAGCCUCCCCUUCGAAGCACGCUGGGUACUCGGUUCGGAUGGAGAACGCCGUUCCCAUUGUCACUCAGGCUCCUGGGGCCCAGCCUCUUCAGAUCCAGCCAGGACUCCUCGCACAGCAAGCAUGGCCCAGUGGCACUCAGCAGAUCCUGCUCCCUCCUGCCUGGCAGCAGCUGACCGGGGUGGCCACCCACACUUCUGUCCAGCACGCGACCGUCAUCCCGGAGUCCAUGGCAGGCACCCAACCGCUGGCAGACUGGAGGAACACGCACGCCCACGGCAGCCACUACAACCCCAUCAUGCAGCAGCCCACGCUGCUGGCCAGCCACGUGGCCCUGCCCGCCGCCCAGCCCGUCAACGUGGGCGUCGCUCACGUCAUGCGCCAGCCACCUGCCGCUGCCUCCGCCAGGAAGAGCAAGCAGCACCAGUCGGCUCCACGCAACGCAUCCACCUAUGAAGUUUCAUCCUCCCAGUCCAUCAGCUCGCCCCAGCGGUCAAAACGAGUGAAGGAGAACACCCCUCCCCGCUGUGCCAUGGUGCACACCAGCCCUGCCUGCAGCACCUCGGUGACGUGCGGCUGGGGUGACGCGGCCAGCAGCAGCACGCGGGAGCGGCAGCGGCAGACGAUCGUCAUCCCCGACACCCCCAGCCCCGCCGUCAGCGUCAUCACCAUCAGCAGCGACACAGACGAAGAGGAAGAGCAGAAGCAUGCACCCACCAGCACCUUGUCCAAGCAAAGGAAGAAUGUCAUCAGCUGUGUCACUGUGCAUGACUCCCCCUACUCCGAUUCCUCCAGCAACAACAGCCCUUACGCCGUGCAGCAUCGCACAGGGCAGAAUAAUGGGAACAGCUACGACACCAAAGGGGUUCCAGAGACUCACUGCAGUGGGAACCCCCGAACGAUCAUCGUGCCACCACUGAAAACCCAGGCCAGUGAGGUGUUGGUAGAGUGCGAUAGCCUGGCACCAGUCACCACCAGUCACCACUCAUCCUCCUACAAGUCCAAGUCCUCCAGCACCGUGACCUCCACCAGCGGUCACUCUUCAGGGAGCUCGUCUGGAGCCGUUGCCUAUAGGCAGCAGCGACCAGGAGCACAUUUCCAGCAGCAGCAGCCUCUAAAUCUAAGUCAGGGCCAGCAGCACAUCUCGACUGACCGCACAGGGAGUCACCGGAGACAGCAAGCCUACAUCACUCCAACGAUAGCUCAGGCCCCGUACUCUUUCCCGCACAAUAGCCCCAGCCAUGGCACGGUUCAUCCCCACCUGGCCGCGGCUGCCGCUGCCCACCUGCCCACCCAGCCCCACCUGUACACAUACACCACCCCCGCCGCCCUGGGCUCCACGGGCACCGUCGCACACCUGGUGGCCUCUCAAGGCUCCGCCCGGCACGCGGUGCAGCACACCCCCUACCCCGCCAGCAUCGUCCACCAGGUCCCCGUCAGCAUGGGCCCGCGCGUCCUGCCCUCGCCCACCAUCCACCCGAGUCAGUACCAGGCUCAGUUUGCCCAUCAGACCUAUAUCAGUGCUUCUCCAGCCUCCACAGUCUACACUGGAUACCCACUGAGCCCCACCAAGGUCAACCAGUACCCUUACAUCUAAACACUGGAAUAAAGAGCGAGAGACGCACCCAGCCCGGGGGGAGUGAGGCAGCCGCUUUUGUAUUGAAGAACAUGACAAACUAACAAUGCAAUGGGAGGCUCGUGUGAAACUUGAACGAAGGAGACUUUAGGAAGAAAAGAAAAAGAGGAAAGAAGGGGGAAAACCAAUUCUACAAUUUUUAUUUAAAAAAAAAAAAGAAAAUGGAAAAAAAGA